AUGCUUAAUUAUCUGAUAAGGAUGUAGGGCUUUUCUGUCAGGAUAAUAAAAGAGAAUAUUGUCAAAUUAAAAGAUGUUGAUGCUAUUGUAAAUGCAGCUAACUAAGAAUUACUCCCUGGAGGUGGAGUUUGUGGUGCAAUAUUCUAAGCUGCUGGAAGAGAGUUAGAGAGGGAAUGCUAAUAACAUAUUUAACAAUAUGGAAUUGUACCCACAUCUAAAUUGGCUAUUACAAGUAGUUGUUAACUUAAGAAAAAUAACAUAAAAUAUAUCAUUCAUGCAGUUGGUCCAAAAUAUUUUGAAUCUUCCAGUCCAGAAGAGGAACUGCAAAUUUGCGUAUAAAAUAUGUAUUUGCUUCUAUAAAUAUAAAACUAGUCUCAAUCAAUCUUUCAAUUCAUUGGGAUUGAAGUCAGUUGCAAUUCCAGCUAUUUCGAGCGGAAUUUAUGGAUUUCCAAAAGGAUUGUGUGCAUAAAUAUUUAAGUUAGUUAUUGAAGAGUAUCAAUAGGAUACAUCAAAUAAAUAGGGUGAGAUUAUUUUAUGCAAUUUUGAUUAAGAAACAACAACAAUAUUUCAAAAAGUAUUCUAGCAACAAAACUCGUUUUGA